AUGAGUGUUAGCGAUAAAAUUAGAGAGUUGAAUCAAAGACAGCAGAAACCAUCUGCUACAGCGGAUGACUCUGGAACUAGAUUCGGACCACCAAAGACAACUGGUCCAGGUGGCAAAUAUUCAACACUUCCAUCUAAAGCAUUUGUUUUUAAUCCUGAUCAAUCAUCAUCUCCAUCAUCAUCACCAUCACCACAACAAUUCAAACAAUUUGGACAACAACAACCGAUCAACAAUGGCAAUGCAACAACCAAUAGUAGUCGUAGUAAUAGUAUUUCAACCAAACCAACUGGCAGACCUGGAAUUCCCGAUUUUAAUCCACCACCUCCAUCUCAACCAACCAAUCAAAGAAUCUCACCACCAUCAUCAACUGCAAGUAAAGUGGCACCAGUACAAUUUAAACCAGCUGCUACUACACAAUCACCACAACCAAAACCAGCACCUAUAUCUAGACCACCUGCACCUGCUCCAACACCAACACCACAACCAACACCGGUAUCUAGACCACAACCACCAGCAUUGCAACCAGUUGCAGCAGCAGUAGCUCCACAACCAGUUGCAACAUACCAACCACAACCAUCUAGAGGAGGCGCACAGGCAGCCCCAGCAUCACCACCACAAACACCACCAGCUCAACAGUCCACCUCAUCAGGUGAAGAUAUGUGGCACAUCAACUUUAGUGAACUUGAACUUGGUGAUGUUAUCGGUCAGGGAAAGUAUGGUGAAGUGUCACUUGGAUCUUACUUGGGUACACCAGUUGCCAUUAAAAGAAUUUUAGAAUGUAAUGAAGAAACAAAUCAAAUGAUUGAAAGAGAAUUGAAAAUAUUAAAGGAAGUAAGACAUCCAAAUAUUGUACAAUUUUUGGGAGCAACAUCACAUAAUAAUGAGAUAUACAUUAUUACAGAGUUUAUGGAGAAUGGAGAUUUAUUUGAUGCAUUGAUUUUUGGAGACACACCAUUGAAUUGGAAGAAAAAGUUGGGAAUUGCUUUAGAUGUUGCACAGGCAUGCACGUAUCUUCAAGCAAGAGGUAUUUUACAUCGUGACUUGAAAAGUCAAAACAUUCUAUUAUCGUCCAAUACCAAAGCUAAACUAUGUGAUCUAGGUUUAGCUCGUGCCUUUGAUGCAAAUAACAAAAGACUUACUUUUGUUGGUAGUGAUAGAUGGAUGGCUCCUGAAAUAUUCAUGGGAUUUGAUUAUGAUUUCAAAGCAGAUGUAUUUUCAUAUGGUGUAGUAUUGGUUGAAUUGGUAACUGGACAGGUACCAGAUGAAAGAAAACCACAAAAGAGAUUUGCAUUUGAAACAGAAGCCUUUUUGAAAAAGGUUCCUUCUACUUGUCCACCUGAAUUCUCUCGUAUAACAGUUCAAUGUUGUGCAACUGAUCCAAAAGAUCGUCCAUCAUUUAAAUCAAUUCAAGAUAGAAUCAAAGUGAUGUAUGAAUCAAUGGAAGAUGAGGAAGAGGAGGAACAAGAAGAGUAA